AUGUUUUUGUUUGUUGUUGCAGAGAGCCUGAGGGAGUACUUCAGCAAGUUCGGCGACAUCACCGAAGUGAUGGUGAUGAAGGACCCCACAACGCGUCGCUCCAGGGGCUUCGGGUUUAUCACGUUCGCCGACCCGGCUAGCGUAGAUAAGGUUUUAGCCCAAGGCACGCACGAGCUAGACGGUAAAAAGAUUGACCCGAAGGUUGCCUUCCCCAGGAGAGCACAUCCAAAGAUGGUGACGCGAACAAAGAAGAUAUUCGUGGGCGGCCUGUCGGCACCUACCACGCUGGAGGACGUCAAAAACUACUUCGAGCAGUUUGGACCGAUCGAGGACGCGAUGCUGAUGUUUGAUAAACAGACCAACAGACACAGAGGGUUCGGUUUCGUCACGUUCCAGAAUGAAGACGUCGUAGACAAAGUAUGCGAGAUUCACUUUCACGAAAUCAACAACAAAAUGGUGGAGUGCAAGAAGGCGCAGCCGAAGGAGGUGAUGCUGCCGGCGAACCUCGCGAAGACGCGCGCCGCUGGCCGGGGCGCUUACGAUUUUAUGUGGUCGCUGGGGGCUUUACCAGAUGGGUUCUCCGCGGCCGCGUACGCCGCAUACGCGGCAGGUCGAGGUUAUUCGGGCUACCCGUCAUUCGGACUGCCGUACCCCACAGCAGGCCUGGCAGUGUUCGGCGUAUCGCGCGCCCGAGCGCCCACGCCGGCCCGAUGCCUGCCCGCCGUGGACCUGACAAACGGCCAGCUGACACCCAACAACAACACACCGCUGCUCACUCAGGCUCUGUCAGUGAUGAACAACUACCAGGCCGCGGCGGCAGCUGCAGCGCAGGGCUUCGGCCCUCCGGCGUCGCCGCACGCGGCGCAUGCGCACCAGGGCUCGCGGCCCGCGCCCUUCCCGCCCGCCAACAGCCCGGGACCCAUCGACAUGUACAGCUCCAGCGACGGAUACGUGCAGGCCGCUAGCCCACAGCCCUCCGGCUUCCCGGCCAUCGCCGGGCCGCUCAUCCCAGCGGCGUUCACCAACGGCUACCACUGAGGCCAGCAGUAGAUGCUCCCUGCUGCUGCUGCUGCCGCUGCCACUCCACUACAGGUUUUGGGUCACUGUGGAAACUCAGGUUGUCACAACGUGAACGAGUGCCGUCUUCUUCUGUUUCCUGCAGUGCACGGCCAACAGUGAAUGCACAUGCUGUUCAGACUCUAAUUCAGUAUAUACAUUAAAUUUGACCUGCCCUUCACAUUGGAGGCAUCAACAUUAUAUAUACAUAUAUAUAUAUACACACACACACGAUAUAUAUGCAUCAAAAAGAGAGACUCUGUUUCCGCCUGAAGGCUCUUACAUUCUUUAAACAUACUAUUAGCUAACCUUUGCGUGCUCAUUCACUUAAAAAUUUAAUGUUUCACUUUCUGAUGAAAAUGUGAUUAUUUGAAACCAUUCAUUGUAAUUUUUGGUUUCACGUUUCAGAACCUACAGGUUCCCAGAGAAGAUCUCUUAUUGUGUUAUCUUUGGCCUCUGAACUCUUGGACAUUUAGAUGAUUUACAAAAAUGGAACAUGCACAUUCUUGAGCUUCCAAUUCAUUAUCAGCUAUCAGCAUACACUGACAUUUAGUUUUGUCAUUUCAUCUCUCAUUAUCAGUGUGUGACCAGUGCAUUAAAAAUCUGUAUUUUAAAACAAAAUUGCUCUCUUCUGUAUCUGAAGUACAGAUUCUUGAUACAUUAUAAGUUAGUUCUGUGGGAGUUCUGGCGGAAAAAUACUUGCUACUGUUAUAAGAAAUGAUUAAUGAUUUAUAAAUUUAAUUGAGAAAAUUUUUGUGACACUGUGGAGUGAUUGAGUAUGUCACAAAAUCAAAAUACUUAUACUUAUUGCAAAUGUUAAUCUAUAUUCUAGACAUAAAUACAGACAAAUAUAUUGAUAAGAACUAUUAUUACAGUUAUUAUUAUUAUUAUGAUAUACAUUAAUCAUAUUGUAUUAUACAUAUAUGCUCUUGGAGGACACUGUGGAUACUACUUUGUGUUUGCUGGAAAACAUUGUUUAUGCAGAACAUAAAUUACUCCAGUCUGCAACACUGAAAGAUCUUCAUAUGUCUUUCACGUUCUGGUAUUUUCUUGCAUGAUUUCCUUUGCCACAUGGCUGAAUUUUGGAGGAUAGUGGUAACUAUUGUAGGAAUAUGGCACUCAAAUUUUCCAUUUCCUUACAACAUGUAGCUUCACAUAUUUUGUUUGGUUUAAUCACUGUACAAAGUGCCAUUUUCUUUACAUCAUUCCUCCAUAGAACAAAGAAAUUUUGUUAAUAGAUUUGCACUUUGAUCAGUCCUUGAUAGCUUACAGGGUACUGCUAAUGAAAUGAAUUACAUUGUCACAUUAAAUGUAAUGGACCAAGAGUGCAAAUGACCACAGGACAUACACAUUGCAAAUAUUUUCAAGCAAUUGCACUAGGUCUAAAGCCAAUCUUUUCAGUACAGUUUUCAGUUUAUGUUCUAUCACAAAAUUUUUUAUGUAAGAUCAAUAGCGUGCAGAACUUGAAAUCAGUAAAGAGAAAUAUAAAAUUUAUGAAGUUAAAGAAAGUGAGGGCAGAUCUUUAACACAUCCUUCUUAAGGACAUGCUAAACAAUAUUAUAUAUUUUACAUUUAUAUACAUAUAUAUACACAUCUAUAUUUUAAUUCUUUUAACUUUUAUGCAUUUGUAUAUACAAAUAAUUAUUGAUGUUUUAAUAUGUCAUUAAGUGUAUAUCCUUGUGAUGGUGAUAAAUCACCAAAAUAUGCAGGGACAUGAAAUUAUGCUGUUUGUACAUAAUGAACAACAACAAAGGAUUAGAAAUAGUUUAGAAAAAUGUGUAGCUUCAUAUUACCCUUAGAUAUAUCGAAUUAGUGUGUAGCUAUUUAAUUGUUUAGAAUUAGGUAAAGUAAAUCACAUUUUACAUGGAAGUCCAUGUCUUUUCCUGAUCAGAGGAAGAAAACAAGACAUAAUAAUGUGUUUGAGAAGGUGUUGUAACACUUAAAGCAUGUAGUGUCAUUAAUUUCUUUGUGGUGAAUCAGUCAAGCAGAAAAUGACUUUGUUAAUAAAUAGUAAGCACACUAAAACAAAUUUUAACUGUCAUUUUGAAAAAUGAUGGGCAGAAGAUGUGAUUGAAGGUGUGAACUUUCGAUGGAUGUUGCACAUUAAAAGAGCAGAUAUCAUGUAUACAAAACAUUUUUAAUUUCUGUAUAUGGCAGAUUGAGGUGUGUGUUGUUGAUUUAUAAGGAAACACUGUUUCCUUCCUGUGUGUCACAUUUCCAUAACAAAAGACAUUUCAAAUGAAUAUGCAAUUAUGAUACCUAACUCAAGAUUUUUGUUAACGAUAAGAAGUAAUUGGCUCCUAUUAUCAGAAAUUUGCUAGUAAACAGCAGAAAUUAAUUUGUGAACAUUAAUUCCUAGAACAGCAAGGAGAGUAAAACACUAACUAAAAAGCCUCAUGAUUAGAGACCACUAAUAUACACUGGAGGCUUAUAAACUGUAAGUCUCAUUGUUGCAAGAAUCAUAGCUAUUUAUAUUUUAAUCCUGUAUGUAGAUUUGUUUUAGAAAUUUCUUGAAUUUGAGUUAUUCUAAAUAUACUUCUAUUAAAGUUCUGGUAUGCCAGUUUUAUUUUGAAACUGGAAAAUGUAGUACUGUCCCCUGUGAUACAGCAAUGACAUUAGACUCAUCAGAAUUUCCUUUUUUUGAAUUAAAUUUACACUGAAAUGAUGUUGCAACAAUGAAAGCUGUUAUUUUGAUUACAACUGCACCAGAACAAGGAAAACAUGACUUUGCAUUCUAUAUAUGUUAAAUGUUUAUGCCUUUAAGUUGUCAAAAUAACAUUUUAUUCCAGAGCAUUCUAGAACACUUAGUUGGCUACUGCAUUUUUGGCUCUACUUAAACCACAGUGGCCAAAGAAUCGUCAGUACAAAGAGAAAUGUUGUUAUUGAAGGCAUUACGGCCUACUGCAAGUAUUUUGUUUUACUCUGUAGUUAAAGGUGAUAUAGAAUGUGAAUGCGUUAUCAUGAAGUAAUGUAGAAAAAUGUGUGUCGGUAGCAAAAAUUGGGAUAUAUCUAUAUAUUAUAUAUAUGAGAAUUAUAUAUGAAAUGAUGAAGUGUCCUAAGAUAAUUAGUAAUUGCAUUAGUUUAUACAUAUGUCUCAUCAUGGUUCAUCAUUGGUUAAGAUGGAGACUUAUUUCAUCUUUUACUGUUAUGUGGUCUUGUGGUCCUUGUUUAUCAUCAUUUUAAUGUAGCACUUUGUUCCUGGUACACUCAGCUGCUAUGUGUAAGUGAAAUAUCAUCUCUUAAUUUCAGCUCAUUGUAACAAUUUUAAAGUGGACAAUAUGCAUGAAACAGGAAGUAAAGAAUAACAGAUAAUCACGGGACAAGUGUUGAAGGAAACUUUUGUUAUUCUUUUACUUGUUUACUAAAGCACUCAUAUUUGAUUUUUGUGUUGCAGAAAGUCUUGGAGUGCAAGUAAUCCUUUAAAUGUCUUUGGGAAGAGCUAUUUCUGAGUACUGACUGUUAAUAUUCAACCUGUUUCCAUCUAAUUUAUUUUUGUGUCUAUACAAGAACACAGUUAAUGUUCCUUGUUUCUAGAGUGAAGUUUAUUAGUAACAGUGUUUUAAUCAGUAGACAUCUCCAAAGCAAUACAGUGCUGCAGUGCUGUGGCAGUACUCUUUAACAUAAAUCCUGUAUUUUGAUACCAUGAAAUUGUUAAUAAAAUAAAAAUUGAAUAUGUAAAAUAAAAGUCUGUGUGAAGAGAA